AUGCUGGUGCACACUUACUCCCCCAUGGAGCGCCCCGACGGGCUGGGCGCAGCGGCUGCAGGGGCCCGCCUGUCGUCUCUGCCCCAGGCGACCUACGGGCCCGCACCGCCACUCUGCCACACGCCUGCCGCUGCCGCUGCCGCCGACUUCCAGCCGCCCUACUUCCCGCCGCCCUACCCGCAGCCGCCACUGCCCUAUGGCCAGGCGCCCGACGCCACUGCCGCCUUUUCCCACCUGGCCGGCGACCCGUACGGCGGCCUGGCGCCCCUGGCACAGCCUCAGCCUCCACAGGCCGCCUGGGCCGCGCCCCGCGCCGCUGCCCGCGCAGCAGCCCGCGCCCACGACGAGCCGCCCGGCUUGUUGGCGCCGCCCGCCCGCGCCCUGGGCCUGGACCCUCGCCGCGACUACGCCGCCGCUGUGCCUCGGCUCCUGCACAGCCUGGCCGACGGCGCGCACGGGCUGGCGGACGCGCCUCUCGGCCUCCCCGGGCUGGCGGCGCCGCCCAGCCUGGAGGACUUACAGGCCAUGGAUGAAUCGGGAAUGAGCCUACUGGAUCAAUCUGUGAUCAAGAAAGUCCCCAUCCCUUCCAAAGCCAGCAGCCUCUCGGCCCUGUCCCUGGCCAAAGACAGCCUGGUUGGUGGCAUCACGAACCCCAGUGAGGUCUUCUGCUCCGUGCCAGGCCGGCUCUCCCUGCUCAGCUCGACAUCCAAGUACAAGGUGACAGUGGGGGAGGUCCAGCGGCGACUCUCGCCUCCCGAGUGCCUCAACGCCUCACUCCUGGGUGGUGUCCUUCGCAGGGCCAAGUCCAAGAAUGGAGGCCGGUGCCUGCGAGAACGGCUGGAGAAGAUUGGGCUCAACUUGCCUGCUGGCCGUCGCAAGGCCGCCAACGUGACCUUGCUAACUUCACUGGUAGAGGGAGAAGCCAUACACUUGGCCCGAGACUUCGGCUUCAUCUGUGAGACUGAGUUCCCAGCCAAGGCAGCUGCUGAAUACCUGUGCCGACAGCACGCUGACCCUGGAGAACUGCACAGCCGCAAGAGCAUGCUGCUGGCUGCCAAGCAGAUCUGCAAGGAGUUUGCAGACCUGAUGGCUCAGGACCGCUCACCACUGGGCAACAGCCGCCCAGCACUCAUCCUGGAGCCCGGAGUGCAGGGUUGCCUGACACACUUCAGCCUCAUCACCCAUGGCUUUGGUGGGCCAGCCAUCUGUGCUGCCCUCACUGCCUUCCAGAACUACUUGCUGGAAUCACUCAAGGGGCUGGACAAGAUGUUUCUAAGCAGUGCGGGGAGUGGGCAUGGUGACACCAAAGCUUCGGAGAAGGAUGCCAAGCAUCGGAAAUAA